AUGCUCUGUCGCAAAAAUCUUCCUACCCAAAAGAAAACCCAAUUGGAACUCUAAUAAAAACCCUAGAAUUUUGCACUCUCAAUUCUCUUUCUAAUGAACAUAUCUGAUCUCUUCCGUGAAUUUUAUCGAGUCGAGUAUGGCAAACAACCGCAAUGAAGAGCCAAGCACAGCUCCGCAGCCCAAUAAAUGGUAUGACAUCACCUUAGGCCCCUCUUUCAAAGACAACCGCCAUUACUCUCCCAAGUUCUGCACUCUGCGCUAUGAAUUUAAACCGGCUUCAAUUGAUAACCACCAACCAGGAUACAUGCACAAGAGCAAAGACAAUAGGGUUAAUGUGGAAUUUCAGAACAAUCAGCCUGGGAAACCCAAAGUAAGUUUUGAGGGUGUCAGUGAGGAUUACAAGGAUAAUGAUGCCGUAUUAUUCUUUGAUGGUGAGGUCCUUCGAUUGGAGAGGCUGCAUCGAGCUGUGAAGAGAUUGAGACAUGUACGUCUACCAGGAGAAUCGACAGCUUCAGCUGCACCAGUUGCUGCUGCUUCAGUUUCUCCAGCAACAGAAUCUCAUUCACCACUAGGCAGUAGAGAAGCCAAACUUCAACCUUCGAGCACAGACAUAGUUCGGCCAGUUCGGCGUGAACAUAUUGACUUCGACAAGCCAGAGUGCUUAGAGCCUGAAAACGAGAAGCAUGAGCAGCACCUAUCUUCUCUUGCCAAUUCUUCAGCAGCAUCACAAGAUCUUAAGGAUUAUGAAUCCGAGGAACAUAUAGAAAUUGAUGACGAUCUUGAUUACAACUAUUCAGGAGCAACCAAGAGAGAAAAUGCCUCCAAUAGGGAAUUCCAGACGGGUGGUAUUGAUAUUAACAUUAAUAUACCACAUCCAGUUGACGUGGAUGAUGAGAUUGCUGAUGUAGAUGUCAGCGGUGAUGAAGCAGACACAGGCCAUAAUGCUGCAGAAGCUCUUCGAGCUCAGGUGAAUGCUGAGGGGAGAGGAGAGAAUGCUUCAAGUUCAAGCAGCAGCAGUGGAAGUGAGAGUAGCAAGAGUGGAAGUGGAAGCGGAAGCGGUAGUGGAAGCAAAAGUGACAGUGGUAAUAGCAGCAGCAGUAGUAGCGAAACAAGUAGCACUGAUAGUAAAAGCAGUGAUGGUGACUCAGUCUCAUCAGUAUAAUGGGAAAAGCCUUCCAAGUUAUGUAACUGUAAUAUCCAUUGUCUAUGUUACUGUAUUUGUAAAUCCUAGUUUAUGUUAUUUGUUUGCUAAUAAAUGCUUUCUGAGUGAGAGUCAUCAGCUGAACCAACUAAUUCUGUUUGUAAAUGAAACAUGUAUCGUGUAAAUAUGUAUACCCAGAAGAUUAUCUCUA